AAAACAUGGCGGAUUAGUGUGUGUGCAUGGGGGUCCGCUACUCGCCACUCGUCGACGACAAAUGAACCUUUAUUUCUCCAAGCUAACGACCUAUUCUUGAUCAGGACAAAAUGUUUCGUCGAUCAAGAUUUAGUGUUCGACCCAAUGUUGGUACAGCGGGGAGAACAGCAGCAACACCUCAGGAAGCCCCUUCAGCGAGUCAGGAGGCUGGUGGUGAGACCCCCAAAGACGUCAGUGAGAGCUGCACAACUGAUGCUGCUGUGACAGAAAACAAGUCUGAGGCGACGCCUUCAGAAAAACCUACAUCCACGGGGGAUGGUAAUGAUCAAAAUGGAGAAGGUACCAGCUCCUCAGCGGCGGUCCAGAGAAGGAAGCGGUUUUCCAUCAAGCCGAAAGUGGCUCCAGGCCGACUGUCCACCCUUUCCCGGACGCCAAAGUCGCCCGCCAAGGCCGUCGCCGAAACCUCCAUCUCAGACCUCGACAAACCGACAACAUCCAGCCAACCUGGGACUCCAACUUCCCCCCGAGGACUCCAAUCGCCAAGGCGACGGAGGUCUUCGGAGGACAGCAGGCAGCCCAAAGUGCAGCCCAAAGCCGUUAUCUCAUCAGACACUUCGGGACCUUUAGCUGACCCUUCAGCGGACGAUUCACAAGAACAGACACAUCUGCCAGCAGACAGUGGCAAACAGUUAGAAAGCACUUCAGACGGUCCAGUUAAAAAAGUCUCCUUUGCACAACCGGAUAAAGUCCAACCCUCGCUAACAGACAAAGAAGCCACAGAGAUAUCGGAGAAAGCGAGGACUCUUGUCUCGUCUAAGGGCAGCCUUUCGGUGACAUCUCCAGCGUUCUCCUUGAGCAGACUCCUGAACGACCCGUCGGACAUGCAGAGGAUCGCAAAGGCUCAAAAACUCAGAGAGCUACUCAGACAGGAGAUGCACAGAGAAAAGGAGAAGAAGAAAAUUAAGGUGAUUAAAAAGGAAUUUUCUUUGGAUCCUGCUAAAAUGACCAUGAGGGAUCUUAUCCGUUACAUGCCGGAGUCUAACCCCAUGACAUCUAGUCUCGAAGAAACCGUUAUCGAGAACGAGACUGUGAUCCCGCCUUCACCUGCAAGAGAAGCGUCACCAGAGAGAGUAAAGGAACCUGAACCUGUCCCUGAAAUCACAAGCCCGAGGGAGGAGGAAGAGGAGGGGGCUCAGGAGGAGGACGGGGAGAACCAGGAGGACCAGGAUGAUUCGCUCAUGGUGCCUCAGGUCAAAGUAGCAGAGGAUGGCACACUGAUCAUCGAUGAAGAGAGUCUGACAGUGGAAGUCCUGCGAGCCAAAGGGCCGAACCCAGCUAACGAUCGGGACCCCAUCUUUGAACGAGGCUCCACUACAACAUACGCAAGCUUCAGGAAACCGACCUAUUCCAAGCCCUGGUCUAGUGAAGAAACCGACAUGUUCUUCCUGGCAAUCAGCAUGGUGGGGACGGACUUUUCCAUGAUUUGUCAGCUGUUUCCUCACAGAUCUCGAUCGGAGAUAAAGAACAAAUUCAAAAAAGAAGAACGAGAAAAUUCCUGGAGGGUUGACAAAGCUUUCAGAGAGAGGCGCAAACUGGACAUAGAGUAUUUCUCUAAGCUGCUGGAGAAGAUCCUAGAAGUUCAGAAAACCAGGAAGAAACUCAAAUCUGUCACUGUGAAGAAUUCUCCCAAGAAGGAAAAGAAAAAGAGAAAAAGCAGAAAAAACUCAAAGAAGUUGAGUGAUGUUGAGGAGGAAGAUGAGGACAAUGAGAACAGCCUACCUGACUUGGAGGGGGAAGGAGAAAAAGAAAACGAGGACCUCUGUAAUGAAGGAGGAGCCGAGGUUUCUAAGCUCAAAAAGAAACGCAAAAGAAAGAGCGACGCCUCGAAGGAGGAGCCAAAAGACAAGAAAAACAAAGCGGGUAAAAAAGACAAGGAACAAGAUGAUUCCUGCAUACCAGAAGACACUGAAGCAGCACUUCCCGCGGAAAACACAAAUUCAGACAUGUCUGAGAAGAGUGGGGAUGUGAAUGCAGCCAAGGACACUACAAUUAAGCCGGCUAAACUGUCUCGAGGCAAAGCACCAAAACCACUUUUGCCUUUGGGCAGGAAGUGGGGCAAAAAGCCUCCCAAAGCCUCCACAAAGGCCGGAGAUGCUGCGUCCGAUAAGGGGGACGAGAGUGAGAUAGAGGGAACAUCCGAGGAGCAGUUAAACAAAGAUGCAUCACCUCUAAAACAAGCAAAUAAAAAGUCAGACAAUGAUGACAAUUCCUCUGAAGAAGAGGAGACAACUGUUCAACCUGUAAGACCCACCAGAUAUGGGAGAGUGCCCAAACCAACUAAGCCCUUGAACUACCCAGCCAGAGAGGAUGCACACUCCUCUGCAUCUGAAAGCACUUCUGCCUCUUCUGCUCGGCCUGAACCCAAACCCCCUGCCAAGAGAGGAAGAACGUCAAAGGCCCAAUCAGCCCAAGAGUCCAAAAAGCCCAAACUGGUCACCCUCAGGGCCACUCAGUCAGACUACAGCGAUGAAGACAAUGACGAGCAGUGGGAGGAACAAGUGGCGUCGCAGCCUGCAUGUGGCUCCAGUAACGACAGCAAUGCACCGGCAUUUGUGCCUGCCAGCCUGCGCUCCCCACAUCCGAUGAUGUCAGAAGUGGAAGAGACUAUGGAGGAGCUUGAUAUCUUGGCCAAUAUGCCUGAUGUGUUGGGCAUCUCCCAAGAUGCUAUGUGCCCUGAUGCCUCUUGUGAGCGGGCACAAAAUGAGACAGGCACAGCUGAACCCUGUGAACACCAAUUGGACCUGCUAGUUGAUGUUAUAGAAUUCCUUUCUUCAGAACACUCAGAAGUAACUGAAGACGAGAGCUACAACGAGGCCGCUCAGACCUUGUUGACCAUCGGCAAUCUGGCUCACCUCUCUCAACCAGACCAGAAUCAAUUAGUCACACCAGAACAAACAACAGAGACGAUAUCAGUAAAUCUGAGUGAAGCUAGUCCACACCUGGAAGAAGAGAUUGCAUCAAUGCCUUAUGCACAAGAAGAAAACAGUGCCACUCCUUUUAUGUCUGCAACCUCUGGCCACGGAAUCACAGAAACCUCAGAAACCACUUUGGAGCUACAAAGUAGCACAACAGACGAUGAUGGCUUGCAAAGUAGUAAUCAGCAGACUGGUACUGAUGUGGAUCCUACCACUAAAUUACAUGCAAGUCCAGAGGGUUCAAAGAAAGACUCUACACCAGCCAAGAGGGGACGAUUAUCCAAGGUGAAACCAAAACCUAACCUAGGCCGAGCCUCGAGGGCUGCCCAGUCGCAAUCCCAACCUGACACAUCUAUUGCUGAACAGAGCCAUACAGAUUCCCCAAACCUUGUUCAAGCCACUGGGAUACUAUCAGCUGCAGAAGAAAUCCCUGAAGUAGUAUCCCACCAUGAAGACAUGUUGAAAGAUGACAAUGUGCACUUGAGUUGUUCAGACGUCAAAUUUACAGAAAAGCAAUCUGGCAGACAGGAGAGGUCCGAUGCAGCAACAUCAGGUCCAGAGACGCAAAUAAUCAAGGACAGCGGAGACUCAUGGUCCACAGACGUCAUGCCCGAAUCUCGUGUUUGGACCACUCAAAGUAGCACAAAUAAUCUGGUGACAUCUGACACAGCAGUCCAAGAUUUACAGAUUGGACUACCGACAAAUGUAGACUCAGCCUCAGUCCAAGAAAGCAGUGAGCAUCUGGCUUCAGGUGUAACAUCUGUAGAAGAUUUACCUGACAGUCAGAAACAAGAGAGUAGAAGUGCAUCUCCUCCCAAGACCGGGAUAAGUCGAUUCCAGAAAGUCAAACCAAAACCCAACCUAGCAAAGUCUUCAAGAGCCGUACGUUCUAAACCUCAAACGACCAAAGAAACUGUAGAGAAAGACCCCAACCCAUCUCCAAACAUUGAAAUCCCUUCAGCAGAACCCACCUCUCUUGAAAAACCAGGUCAAGGACUUGUUUCUGAUUCCUCACCUUCAUUGGAAUUUGGCCCUGCUCUUACUUUGUCAGAGGAAAUACCUAAGAUGGACAAGAAGAAGACAGUUGUUGGACUCGUUGGUGGUGAGGAUAAUUUGGGGAUGACCACUUUACACCAGGAUUCUUCAGAAAACCAGAACGUUUCUGUAGCCCCAUCGAGUACAGAACAGGCUGCAGAAGAAACAAAACCAACACCUAAGUCCACAGAAGGGGGCGGUGGUAAUCAGCUGAAAUCAGACACCGUAGUUACAGAAUCACAAGGGUCUAACAAAGACUCUGCUCCUGUUGUGCCUGCAGAAGUUUUACCUGUCAGUCAGAAACAGGAUAACGAAGGAGCAUCAACUUGCAAGACCACGAUAAGUCGAUUCCAGAAAGUCAAACCCAAACCCAAUGUAGCACAGACAUCAAGAGCUGUACGUUCUAAACCUCAAACGACCAAAGAAACUGUCGAGGAACAAUCCCAGCCAACUCAAAACCCUGACGUCCAUGAAAAAACAAUAGACGUUUUUGUAGAACAAACUUGCAUCCCAUUAACUGAAAAUCCGAGGGAAGGCGUUGGACUUGCUCCAGAUCUAAUGCCAUCUUCGGUUCCAGGAACUUCUCUUGCACCCACGGAGGAAAUGACUACAAUUGAGCGGGAAAAGAAAGAAAUUGGAGCUGCUCGUUGUCAGUUUGAACCUGGUUCAGCAACAUUUGACCAGAGACCCACAGAAAGUCAGAUCUCAUCUGAAGCCCAGUUUGAUACAAAUCAGACUACCAGAGAUACAACGUCAACAUCUCAGCCCAAGGUGCAAGAUUUGGUGCCUCAUGUUGGGACAACUGAAAGUAGCUCUAGAGAUUUGCAAACAUGUGUGGUCACAGAAUCCUCAGGUGACCAGGGGUCAAAUAUAGACUCAGUUAAACACGAUUUUCUUGUCAGUCAGAAACAUGAGAGUGAAGAUGCAUCCUCCCCCCAGACAAGAAGAAGUCGAUUCCAGAGAUUCAAACCAAAACCCAAUGUAGCUCUGACAUCAAGAACUGUACGUCCUAAACCACAAACCACUAGCAACGUUGUAGAGAAAGACUCCAUUGAAAUUCCAAAACCCACACUACAAGAAGAAACAAAGGUUGAAUUUUUGGGCCAACCAGCCUGCAGGACAUCUCCUGAAAAAACAAGUGAAUGCACUGGUCCUGCCCCAGAUGAUGUAUGGUCAUUGGAUUUGGGAUUUCCUCCUUCACCCAAAGAUAAUGUUUCUAUAAAUGAGGAGAAAAAGACAGAUGUUCAAGAUCUUGGUGGUGGGACAGUCCCUCCUGGACAGCUAGGACAAAAUGAAAGUACUGUCUCUGCUUUGGUUUCAAAAUCUUCACUGGAAUCACGCUCUACUCAAAAAGCAUCGGAGGACUUAUCUUCAACUGAGGAGCCGGUGACAGAUGUUGGACUGGACUCAGGCUCGGAGGGCUCACAACAGAGUGUAGCUCAGGGAAGGCGACGGGUUCCCAGAGUCAAACCCAACAUUGGAUCGUCAACCAGAGCUAGACAGACUCAAAUGCAGUCAGAUGAUACAAGUAAACCUUCCCAACAAUGCCACAAGGACAUACCAGAAAAUAACAGUCAACAAAGGGAACUGGAAUCCACAGACAGAGACAGCAAGGACUUAAAGACGACGCAAUGUUCCUUACAUACAGAACUUCUCAGCUCAACAAAGUCUGCAGAGUCUGUAGAUAUCUUAAAUGACAAGGCUGUGUCUUCGUCUGCUGAUGACUCAGUUCUUGAAAAUAAAACCACUGAAAAAUCCAACGUUGAAUGGGACAAAAUGCCCACCAGCGACAAGGUGGAGGCUGGACCUGCUGCACAUUGGGACCUCAAACAGGACACAUUUAUUGAAGCAAUAGAAACGAAUACCCAACCAACAGAGAUUCCUAUCUCUGAUGCUCAGUCUUCAGAAGGAGGCUCCGCAGAGUCACAAAUUAAAUCUUAUCUCCCUACUAAUAACCAGUCCACAUCAGAUUCAGAGGGAAGCACUCAGCUGCCAAAGUCACAAUGUCAAGAAGUCCAACAAUAUCCUGAAGCCAAUCAAACAACUGCACAAAGCACUCCCAAAGAUCAUUUGGAACAAACAGACUCUUCAAAGUCAAGAAGAGACCCUCUGAGUCGUAGAGGCCGGUAUGUAAAACCCAAACCUAACCUUGGACGCAGUCGCCAACCUCCUCAGUCCCAACAAGUCCAGGACGCAGAGCAAGCAGAAGCAGAUUCUGUUCCUACCUCAGAAGGUGUGGAUGCCUCGGUUUCUCACGGAGCUCUGCCUGAACUUCAACCUGACAUUCAGGAACAAGUAGAAGAAGCUCUUAGCCAAUUAAGUAGCCAGAAUUUACCUCCAACUGUUGCUGGAGCCUCGUUUGGCUGUGUAUCAGAAGCACAGGACCAUUCGACUCAGGAUGCACCACUGCCAAGUACAGAAGAGUCUUUCAGUGAUCCCAGUUUCUCAAUAUUUCCAGACAUGCUGUCAGGGCAGAUGCCUUCUGACUCGGAGGAAAAGUUUAUCAUCCUCUCUCUGAUUGAGAUCCCAGUCUGCCAACAAGAAGAGAUGUUGCAGAGUGUGCCUGAGCCUCUUCCUUGUCCUCCUGUCACAGAGGCGUCGAUACAGCAGCGGAGUGUUCCUGCAGAGUGUUCGACAGCUACAGGAGUUGAGAGUCUUUCUAGCGCUGCUCUCACUGUGUCCAUGGAGGAGAGCGAGGAGACCGGCCUCAUCAACGCCAAAGAUUCUGGAUCCAACUCCACUACUUGUACGGGUUCAGUCCCUGAGAAUCAAGGGGAUCCACAAGAGAGUACUACAGUCCAGACAUCCACAUUACCAGAAACCGUGGAGGGUACUGAGGAGACUGAAACCCCGCCUACCAAGCAGAAACUUCAGGGUACAACAAGAAGAGCCAAACGGCAGGUAAAGCCCAACACUUCAAGGAAGCAACAAGCCAGCACGACUGUCACUGCUGAGGAAGAAGAAGAGUCACCCCCGCUCCAAACAAACACCACUGAGGAGUCAGAGCUCCCCGGGCUUUCUGUGCAGCCAAGAGAAUCUGACGAGCAGCAGCAGAAGAAGAAAGGUGGCAGCCGUAAAGAGGGUUCAAAGAAAGCUCCAACUGGUUCAAAGGACGCUGAAGAAAGCAGCUCAGCACGACCGACAAGAGUAACCCGUAAUAGAAAUCCCAAAGGCUCCCUUCCUGAGACGAACAACACGGCCCCUCCGAGCUGUUCUACGCCUGCGAGAGCAACAUCCAAGGCUCAGAAAGUCAAAACUCCACGUGCAGCAAGAAAACAAUCCGCACCAGAAUCUGAAGCCUCAACAUCUCAUGAAGUCGCUCCCACAUUCAGCUCAGUAGAAACCUUAGAGGAACAACCCCUUUCAACAUCUCUGACAGAGCUGAACAUCAGCCAGACGUUUGACUUCGGACAGGGCUUGGACCCGGGGCUCACUCCGUCUCAGUCUUUUCUUGACGUGUUUUCCUCCCAGCAGAGUCUGGAUCUGGACGGCAGCUCGAUAGAAGAGGCCACCAGCGUGUCUCAGUACUUCUUAAGUGACAUUUUUACAGACGUGGAGGAGGGCUGAGAGCCACAGAGAGGUGAGGUGAGAGACCGGACCUGCCACUGGCUUGCUUUUUAAAUCUUUUUAGUUGUGUUAUAUUUGUAAAGUUUAAUUUAUUACAGAAAUGUUUUGUUGUUUUUUUGCUGUCAGUUAUGAUGUGAAGAUAAAUUUACUUAAAUGACAAAAUUCAUUUAUUUUUUCUUUCACAAGCACUUUGAAUAUGUACAUUAAUUGAAUUACUCUGAAGUUCCUUCUUGUUGAAAAGCCAUUAGAUCAAAUAAUAACUAGUUUGACUCACUUUGGCAGCUUAUCCCCAAUCACUCACUUAAGCUAGCUACACACUAGAAGAUUUUAGGCCUCCCAACGAUCGGACAGGGGAGGGGCGUGGCCUGAUUCAAGACUUGUUAAGAGCAACUAUUUGUCCAAAUAUCCUCAAGUGUGUUGUGUCAAUACGAUCAUUAUGCUGAUCCUGUUGGAGCGCCCCAAUCUAGAAUCACGGGUCGUGCUGCCUCCGACUUAAUGCCCGCAAUAGCCAAUGAGAGCAAGCAGACCGGGAUGCAUCACCAAUCGGGUUUUCGCGUACUUGUUCAGCUCACAAUAGUGUUGUAGUCAAGACCACAUUAACUAAGACCAAGACAUACCCGAGACCAGAGUGCUCCAAGGAGACUCAGACAAGACCAAGACCGAGACCAUAAAUAUCUCAGCUUCUUGUGUGCAGGGGGCGUGUCAUUCACUUAGACCGUAACACCAGGAAAGGUUGCAUCCGUAACCGUUGGAUAAAAGUCAAACUAGAAAAGCCUGAAAGAGACUUUUUCCUUCUAAUCACAGGAAUGACGUUAAAAUAGCCCGUCAGUGGUGGUCUUGAUUUAAAACCCAGAGUCCGCCCAGUCUGAGACCUGGACCUUCAAAAAGUGGUCUUGAGACCAAAACUGAUUUAGAGUACUACAACACUAGCUCACAAACAUGACGGGGAACAUAAACAUUUCUCGUGUAAGACAUACCGCAAUAUGGCCGACUGAUGUUGAUCGUCCUCCAUAUUUGUAGUUCUUCAUCACGCAAGGUUCUGUGGGAUGUCGUUACUUCAAACAACCGGUGUGUGGUCUCUUGGUCUGGCUGAGUCGUGUGUGUUCGGAGGAUUAUAAUUAAAAAAAUCAGUAACUCUCGUCUCGUCUGUGGUCUCCCACGUUUUUAAAAUCCUCUAGUGUGUAGCAGGCCUCAGUAUUAAGCCUCGGACUCCCUCAUUUGGUACCUGUAAAUUUAAAUAUUGUACAAAUAUGAACUAGUUAGCGAUGUUUGUCUUUCAUACCUUUUCUGUUUUCACACUCGCAAAGACAGAAGUCUCAGGAAGAACAACAGAUUACUUGACAUCAUGUACAGUUGUAUGUUCGAAUUUGUAAAAUGUCUCUUGUUUAUUUUUGAGCUCAUUGUAAAACAUCUGUUGUAAUAAGAAACGCUUCUUUUUUUAUUUGACACGAACAGUCUUUAAUUAGCUCGUUUUUUAUAAAACAAAGACAAGGCCAGGAGCUGUAAAAGCAUAACGUUACACACCUCUGUAUCACCGUGUACAGAGCCGAGGUUGUUCAACUUUGUUUACAGAACUUUCAGCAGUCUUUUAAUUUCACUGUGAGAAUGUGUUCAUUGGUCCUAUACAGAUGUUCAGCAUUCAGAUUUAUUAUGUUUGAUACCUAAAACAGAAAACACUUCACUUGUUCUUCACUUUAGAUGUUCCCCUUGUUGUUUACAGUAAAACCUGGAAUUAUGUAAGAUAUGAAUAAAAUGUAUUCUUCGACCAC